AGUCAUCAGCAAGGCGCCAUUCUGCCAGCGCCAGCGCCAUGGCACGAUGGCAAAGUCGAAUAAUUCUUUUUUCAUUUGACAUUUUAGAAACGCUGUAUCUUUGCAAUUGGGAACAGAUACUUCAUUCAGAAUAUUUCAAAAAUGAAGUCCAGAUUUACAACUAUUGACCUUCGGGCAAUACUUUACGAACUUGGAUCUAAAUUGCUUGGACUUCGUGUUCUUAAUGUCUAUGAUGUAAAUAACAAGACAUACCUGAUUCGACUUGGAGGGACGGACCAGAAAGUGGUCCUUCUAUUUGAGUCUGGAACUCGGAUGCACACCACUUCGUUUGAUUGGCCCAAGAGCCAGAUGCCAUCAAACUUUUCCAUGAAGUUGAGAAAGCACUUGAAAUCUAGACGUUUAGUAGAGAUCAAGCAGCUAGGUGUUGACAGGGUUGUUGACUUGCAGUUUGGAUCUGAUGAAGCUGCUUAUCAUGUUAUUGUUGAACUUUAUGACAGGGGAAAUGUUGCAUUGACAGAUCAUGAGUAUACAAUCUUGACCCUUCUAAGGACCCGAAAGGAUAGUGAUGAUGUUAGGUUUGCAGUCAGAGAAAGAUAUCCUGUAGACACAGCUAGACAGCCAGAUCCUAUUCCUCCAUUAGAGAGGAUUCAAGAGAUCUUAGCUGCAGGAAAACCAGGGGAUAACAUCAGGAAACUACUCAAUCCUCAUUUUAUCUUUGGACCUGCCUUGAUUGAACACUGCCUUCAGAAUCAAGGAUUCCCUUCAAAUGCUAGAGGAAAUAAUGGAUUUGACAUCCAGCAAGACAUGUCUCGAGUUAUGGCCUCCUUGUCAGAAGGAGAGCAGUAUCUGGAGAAGUCAGGCUCGGAAUGCAAGGGCUACAUUAUUCAAAAGAGAGAAAAGAAACCCACAGCAUCACAAGAUGGUGAAGAUUCAGAACUAUUGACGUACACUGAGUUUCAUCCAUUCCUGUUUAAACAACAUGAAUCACAACCAUACCUAGAAUUUGAUACAUUUGAUCAGGCUGUGGAUAUGUUCUUUUCAAUGAUGGAAAGUCAGAAGUUAGAUAUGAAGGUUCUCCAGCAGGAAAGAGAAGCAUUAAAAAAGCUGGACAAUGUGAAGAAAGAUCAUGAAAAGAGAAUCAAUUCACUUCAAAAGAAUCAGGAACUAAAUGAAAAGAAAGGAGCACUGAUUGAAAUCAAUCUCCCUCUGGUUGAGCAGGCCCUUCGAGUAGUCCGUAGUGCAGUAGCUAACCAGAUAGAUUGGAAGGAGAUUGAAAGUAUCAUCAAGGAAGCUCAAACACAAGGUGAUCCUGUAGCAUCAGCUAUCAAAGGCUUAAAACUCGACACGAAUCAUUUCCAAAUGCUUCUCAGGGAUCCUUACAUGCAGUAUGAUGAUGAAGGAGAGGAGGAAGAAGAUGAUAGACCUCAACCUUUACUAGUAGACAUUGAUAUCGCCCUCUCAGCUUAUGCUAAUGCUAGAAAGUACUUUGUUCAAAAGAAGACAUCUCAAAAGAAAGAACAGAGGACAAUGGAAUCAUCAACAAAGGCUAUUAAGUCUGCAGAGAAAAAGACUAAGCAAGCUUUGAAGGAUGUUGCUACAGUAGCAAGUAUCAACAAAUCUAGGAAGACAUAUUGGUUUGAGAAAUACUUCUGGUGCAUCAGCUCAGAGAAUUAUAUCAUAAUUGCCGGACGAGAUCAACAACAAAAUGAGAUAGUUGUCAAGAAAUAUCUCUCUCCAGGAGACAUCUAUGUCCAUGCUGACAUUCAUGGAGCUAGUAGUGUGAUCAUAAAAAAUCCUAAAGGGGGUCCUGUUCCCCCUAAGACUCUUCAAGAAGCAGGUACAAUGGCCGUGUGUUACAGCGUUGCUUGGGAUGCUAAGGUUAUUACUAGUGCAUGGUGGGUACGUCAUGAUCAGGUUUCAAAGACCGCACCCACUGGAGAGUAUCUUACUACUGGAAGCUUCAUGAUUAGAGGUAAAAAGAAUUUCCUUCCACCAACUCAACUUGUGAUGGGAUUUGGCUUCUUAAUGAAGAUUGAUGAGAGUUGUGCAUGGAGGCAUAAAGAUGAGAGGAGAGUUAGAGGGACAGAUGAAGAAGAUCUAUCUUCAGUUGCUGACACAGUAGAGACUGAUAUCAUUGUUGAAGAUAUUGAGGAAGAAGAUGAUGAGGAUGAAAGUAAAGAGGAAGAGGAGACAGAGCGUGAUCUCCAUGAAACAGACAGCAUACAUGAAGAUACUGAAACAGAUUUAACUGAAAUCAAAGUGGAAGAAGAAGAAGACAAUACUGAUGGUGAAGUUGCCAAUGUGGAUGAGGAGGAUGAGAAGGAGGAUGAUGAUGAGGAACAUUCAUCAGAGGUGAAACAAGAAGCCGAUGAUGACAAGGAGAACUUCUACCCUGAUACUACCAUACAGCUCCAUCAUGUACAAGGUGAAAGGUAUGAGAGCCAUCGUACCCGUGGAUCUAGUAUGAUGAGUACUGGUAGUUACCAGUCUGGUGAUGGUGAUAUUGAUGAAGAAGGCAAGGCUAUCAUCUAUCUAGGAGAUGAUAAACCCAUUGUUGUUGGAGGACCCAAGGCUCAGCCUCAGCAUAAACCAAAUCCAAAAUUGUCUGCCAAGCAAAAGAGAGAUCUUAAAAAACAGAAGAAAAGACCGGAUGGGUCUGCCCCCAUCAGAUCAGAUGAAAUCCAAGCAGACACUGGUACUAAAGCUGAGGAUGAAGAUAGCCAGGAGGAAGAAGAGGAGAAGAAUGAGAGGAUAGGAGGAGUGGAAGAUAAUGAAGUAGAAGAGGGAAUGACAGAAAGACAGAAUUCACAUGAACCAUCUGUGUCAAGAAGUGUCUCGCAAAACAGUACUAAUGCAAUCCAACCACCAGCCAAAAGAGGCCAAAAGCACAAACAGAAGAAGAUCAAACAGAAGUAUAGAGAUCAAGAUGAGGAGGAGAGAAGACUUAAGAUGGAAAUCUUGGCAUCUGCAGGUAAUUCUAAGGAGGUCAAGGGCAAGAAAGGAAGGAAAGCCAAGCGACAAGAGGAGCAACUCAAACAAGCAUAUCAACACCAUCAACAAAGACAAAAUAAGAACUCUAAACAACAUCAACACCAAAAGCAACAUAGCAGUAAAGACAGCCAACAGAAUUCACAAAGAAAUUAUAGUAAGAGACAAGGCAUGUCAGUAUCAUCCCAAGGAGGUCAGGAGCAGGGUCAAGUGUCAGAGGUCAUAGAAGAGAUUCAAGGAGCUGACACUGAAGUGGCAUCAGAGGAGAUAGUGGAAGGAGAUGGAAUAGAGAAUGCAGGACAGUCAGAAGAAUCAUCUAUCAAGCCUGUAGUAAAGACACAUGUCUGGGAAGCUAAGAAAAGGAAAGGAACCACUGAUGAACAAAAUAAGGAGGAGUCUGAUGAUGAGAUAGAUGCAGCUGAUGCUAAUUCAAGAUUGAUGGAGGAGAGUGUAUCUGUUUUAGAUACCUUGACUGGUUGUCCUGAUCCUGAAGAUCUUCUCCUGUUUGCCAUACCAGUAUGUGCUCCUUAUAAUGUUAUGAACAAUUACAAAUUUAAAGUCAAACUUACUCCUGGAACAAGCAAAAAGGGAAAAGCUGCUAAGACUUCUCUUAAUAUGUUUCAACACUCCAAGGAAACAACACCAAGAGAGAAAGAUCUUUUUAAGGGAGUCAAGGAUGCAGAUCUUUCAAGGAAUAUACCAGGGAAGGUGAAGCUGUCUGCUCCAAAUCUCAAUCAGAAGAGAAAGAAAUGAUAGGAUUUAAGGUUUAGAUAUCCACGACAUAGUCUUCCUUGUAUUUUGAUAAUGUAAGAUGUAUUUCAAGACAUUUAAUAAUAAUGUAAGAUGUAUUUCAAGAACUUAUUAUUACCAUCUCUGCAUUAUAUUGUAAUGCUUUAAUAAGUUUGAAAUCCAAGCUUGUUAAUGCAGUCACCGCUCUGACAACAAAACCUUGUUUCUCACAGAGUGAAAAAACGUUCAGGAGAGUGGGGAAAAACAUGGCAGCCAAACACUGUUUUCAAUAUGAAAUUGUUCCCUUUGAAAAUGUGUAGUUGCUUCAUGUUUUAGAUAGAGAGCUUUGAUUUGCAUUUUUUAAAUGGACAUCCUUUGGUAGAUCUAGUCAUUCAAACUUAAAAGUGAUUUUCCUAAAUAUUUGGAGUACAAGGUCUUGUAGCCCUAGUAGUGCAUGUAAUUGUUCCAUUUAAGUCCAUUUGUAAUUAACUUUUUGACUAUUUAUCAGUACUGCAUCUUGUAAGAAAAGUUCAGAUGUGAAGGUUUUCAUAAGUGCAGAUUUUAAAUUUAAUUUUAAGUGGAUUCAGUGACUCAUAACCUGAGGUGGUAUUCUCGAACACUGUCUUAACUUUUGUCAUAAAUUUUGUCAUUUCUCCCCAAGAUGUGAUACCGCUAUGAUUGUCACAAAUUGUAUUCUGAACAUUGUCUUUUCCCUGUUAUAUCUCUCUAAGUUUCUAUCCAUCUUUUCGGAGGCAAACCAAUCAAAAUCACUGUUAGUUCCGAGUGGGAGCCCUUCUAAGCAAUGGGAAGGCCCAGGGCCACAUGGAGCGUCUGAGUAGCUGGCAUUGUACAAUUGCACAUAUAUACAUGUGCUUAAUUACAAAGAGUAACAGAGGAAAAACAGAAAAAAGGGAAAUAUGUAGGGCCUAACUACCUGUAGCAUGAAAAAUAUUUUUGAAAAAUUGUGAUGGAUGAAGAAUGAAAUUGAUACAAAAAUCUAAUUUUAAAAAUAUUGUACGCUUGACAUAUUGUUGGGUUGUUAUUGGAAUAUUAUGGUACUAAAAGAAAUGACAAACUUUAGGACUGCUAGACCCUAUCAUAAAUGUUAUCAUUUCAUUUACUUGUAUAUUUGAAUUAUAUGCACAUUUAUGAACUGCAUAUUUUUGUGUGGGCUAAAGACAAAAUUUAUGACAAUUUUAUGAAAAAAGGUAUGACCUCCACCAGAAUACCGAUUUUUUCAUAUCUCUGUGAAAAGACAAAAUAUUGAGAAAAGACAAUGUUCAGAAUACCGCCUUUGAUUAUACAGGGAUGCCAGUUUUCAGGCAAAAGCCUGAAUUCAGGCUCUGGCAGUUUAUUUUCAGGCCAUAGUUUUAGCAUUUUUGUGUACAAAAUAUUGUAUUCUAGGUGAUUUUCAGGCCCUCUGAUCAAUUCCAACUGGCAUCCCUAAUUAUAGUAUAUUACUUCUAGCUGGUGAGGAAGGAUGAAUGGCAGCAGUAGAAUCAUACAUCAGCAUGAUGGGUCGUAUUUUCUGCCUAUGUUCUCUCUUUUCAUAUUGAAACAUUUCUGAAAUUGGGCAAGAGGUAUCAUUUAAUUACAUAAGAUGGUAUAAACAAACAAAUUAAAUGGUUAUAGAGGAAUGUGUUGGGUUGUAAGGAACAUUAAUAAUUGGUAAAUUAUGCUGGAUAAUCAUGAUGGCAUGGUUUUGUGAAAUUUAGCAUAGCAAUCUGUACUGACCGCACAGAAAUGUUGUUAGCGCUAGCAAUGCGCUAACAGAGGCUUUGUUACAACCGGUAAUAUAGCAGCGGUGCCUAAUGUUACAACAAUGCAUUACUUACACAUUGUAUACAUUGAAAUAAAUGUUUUGACUGCACAA